CCGCGGCCCGCGCGCCCCGUCGCGGCUCCAGUUCCGGGGCAUGCGCGCUGUGGCGCCCGCCGCACGCCCGCGCCCUCCCCCCACGGCCCGCCGCGGCAGAGUUAUGCCAAGUAUGUGAGGAGCUGGCGAGGACCGGCCGCGCUCAUGGAGAGCCGCCGCCUCCGCCCGCGCGGGACUCGGAGCCGGCCCCGCGCCCGGGGCGAGCCGGGCUGCUGAGGGCGGCGCGCAUGGCGGAGCCCCUGCGGAGGACGCUCGGCCGGCUCCGGGAGCGGCGCGGGGCCGGGCCGGGGACGCUCGAGCUGUGCGCGGACACCGCGGCGGCGGCUUCGCUCUCCGAGGGCCCCGGCAUGGAGCGGCCCGCGCUGGGGAGCGGGGUGCGCUCCGAGCGGCCGGGCGCGCGGGUCCCGUGGUCUCGCGGGGCUCAGCCCGAGGCCGCCGCUCUGGGCCGGGCGCCGGCUCGAGCCAUCCCGGGCCCCGAGGGCAGCGGCGACGACGACGGGGAGGACGAGGGCGCCGAUUACUACGAGAACCUGCCCGCGGGCUGCGCGCCCGAGGGGGCGGAGGCGCUGCGGGCCUCGCCUUCCCCGGCGGCGGGCUCCUCCCCGGGGGUGGAGGGCGGCCGCCUGGAGACGGGCAGGCUGCAGACCCAGUUGCGAGAGGCCUAUUAUCUGCUGAUCCAGGCCAUGCACGACCUGCCCCCUGACUCGGGCACGCGGCGGGGCGGACCCGCGGGAGCCCGGGCUCCGGCCCAGCAGCCACCUCUCCCCCACGGCGCAGCCGUGCGCCUCGCCUGCGGCCCCCGAGGCGACGACCGCCCUCCGCAGCAGGUGUCCCCGCCCCGGUCGCCUCCCAAGGAGUCCCGGCUAGGACGGCAGCUGAGUCCUCGGAUGAGGCUGUCCGGCUGCAGAAGUCUCGAGAGCCUCCGCGCGAGCCCCCAGCCGCCUCUGCUCCAGCGGUGGGCGAGCGACAGCUGGAUCUCGUGCGGGGCGCACAGGGACAGGGACGAGCCCCCGCCACGUGGAGGUGGGAUGGACGGCUGGAGCCCGGGCAGCCACCGGGCGGCUGCGUCCGCCGCCCUCCUGCCUUCCAUCUGCCAGGACCCGGGCCGGUCCUCGGGACGUCCCUUUAGGGAUCUUGCGGGGACCUCUGUGAUAGCCAGCAGCCAAGAGGAGCGUCCGGAGGGGCCUCCCCUCCUCAAGCCACCUGCGGUGACAGUCAAGAAGCUGCAGAAGUGGAUGUACAAAGGACGCCUGCUGUCCCUGGGGAUGAAGGGUCGCGCUCGUGGGACAGCACCCAAGGUUCCCGGAGCACAGGCAACCUCUCCAAAUUUGGGCACUUGGAAGGUGCACGAAAACCACGUCCUCUCGGUGACUACGGACCAGAGAAUCACACUGACAGCAGACUUAUUUGAGAAUGACUGUGGGUCUCCACUGAGGAAAAGGGGACCUGAAGAUGGGAAAGAUAAUGCUGGGCUUGGAGGUCGCCAGCCCCUUAACAACAUCACUGUUGCAAAGAAACGCAAUUGGCUGUAUCAGAGCACCCUGAGGUGGCAGAGUCUGGAAGAGACUAAGCAGUGCCAAGGCAGAAGAGAUUUCUCCCUCUUCCCCGUGUCUCCACCCCGACACAGGCAGUCACCGCCGUUCUGCAAGUCCCCCAAGGAACACUGCCCACGUUGGAUGUGUAACGCGGCCAGCCCUCCCUUACCUGGAAACUGCUCUUUAGACUUCAGUGAGGACAACGAUGCUGAUGAUGAAGGAGAAAUAUGGUACAAUCCCAUCCCUGAGGAAGACGAGCUGGGCGUAGCCAGUGUCAUGCCUCUUGAGGGAAACGCUGCCGCAGCGAAGCUCCUCCCUGCCCUCGGUGUGAGCAUGCUGUCUGCCAGAGACCCGAGGAAGGCAGAGUUGCUGUGUCCUGCCCAACACGCAGGUGAUCUCCAGACCAUACAGCCAAAUGCCGUCACUUCUGCAGAUCCCCUCCGUUCUACAGAGGCUGUGCAGCAGUGCAAGCAGAGGUUAGGGCCCAGGACACGAGGCGUGGUGGCAGAGGACAGCCCCGUGUUGAGGCCCGCUGUCACAGGCCCUGGGGUCUUCGUUUCUACAAACAGGACUGAGCUGAGAGCUAUGGAACCAUCUUCUCCAAGCCCUAGCCCUGUGAAGAAAGGCAGCUCAAUCACUUGGUCCUUGCCAGAUAAAAUAAAAUCUCCACGCACUGUGAGGAAACUUUCCAUGAAAAUGAAAAGGUUGCCAGAAUUCAGCCGAAAGCUGGGCUCCAGGGGAGCCUCGCACUACAUGAGCAGUCCAGAUAGUACCCUUUCUUUGUCUAAGUGUAACUGUCGCCAACUGCCUCAUAGUGUUACUCUGUCCCCUGGGAACCCAACCAGGAACGUGAUAAGCCGGUACCAUCUCGAUACCACUGUAUCAUCUCAGCACAACUACCGGAAGAAAGCUCCCGGCAGCUCCAAGUAUUCCUGCAAAGGCGGCUACCUCAGUGACGGCGACUCACCCGAACUGAGAACCAAGUCCAGCAAGCAUGGAUCCGAGCACAAACUUGGGAAAGGGAGGGAAGCCAUUCCGAGCGGUUGUAGCAAAAACGAACUAGAUACAGAUGCCUUCAGACAUUACAGCUUUGCUGACCAACCCAAGUGCUCACAGUACAUCUCGGGGCUCAUGAGCGUGCACUUCUAUGGCGCAGAGGGUUUAAAGCCACCCCGGAUAGACUCCAAAGAUGUCUUUUGUGCAAUUCAGGUAGACUCAGUCAACAAAGCCAGAACAGCUUUGCUCACGUGUCGGACGACGUUUCUAGACAUGGACCACACUUUCAACAUAGAGAUCGAAAAUGCGCAGCAUCUGAAACUGGUGGUGUUCAGCUGGGAGGCCACUCCAAGGAGGAACCGUGUGUGCUGCCAUGGCACAGUUGUCCUGCCCACUUUGUUCAGAGUGACAAAGACGCAUCAGCUGGCUGUCAAACUUGAGCCCAGAGGCCUUAUUUACGUCAAGGUGACCCUCAUGGAACAGUGGGAGAAUUCUCUCCACGGCCUGGAUAAAAACCGUGACUCGGUCAUGUUCGGUGUUGACAUUCAGAAGGUCGUAGAGAAAGAAAACGUGGGCUCGAUGGUUCCGCUGCUGAUACAGAAGUGCAUCCUGGAGAUCGAAAGGAGGGGCUGCCAGGUUGUAGGCCUGUAUCGAUUGUGUGGUUCAGCAGCUGUCAAGAAAGAGCUUCGAGAGGCUUUUGAGAAGGAUAGCAAAACUGUUGGUCUGUGUGAAAACCAGUACCCAGAUAUAAAUGUAAUAACAGGUGUUCUUAAAGACUAUCUAAGAGAGCUUCCUUCCCCGCUGAUAACAAAGCAGCUGUAUGAGGCUGUGUUAGAUGCCAUGGUGAAAAGUCCUUUGAAAAUGUCAUCAAAUGGUUGUGAGAAUGAGUCCGGUGACUCCGAGUUCACUGUUGGCCUGCUGAAUUGCUUGCCGGAUGUGGAGAAGGCAACCCUAAAGAUGCUGUUAGAUCACCUGAAACUGGUGGCUUCGUACCAUGAAGUCAAUAAGAUGACCUGCCAGAAUUUGGCCGUGUGCUUUGGACCAGUGUUGCUCAACCAGAGGCAAGAGACGACCCACAACCACCGAGUGUUCACCGACUCCGAAGAGCUCGCGAGUGCUUUGGACUUUAAGAAGCACAUCGAAGUUCUUCAUUACUUGCUGCAGCUCUGGCCAGUGCAACGCUUAGCUGUCAAAGAACCCUCAGACAGUUUGUGCCUGGAGCAGUCGUCUCUGAGUCAUCUGAGGCGAAAGAAAGAGCGACCCUGUGCAUUGAAUCUGAGCAGCACGGAUUCACCGGGGGUGCUGAGGCCAAGACAGACCAGACUAGACAGCCCCCUCAGCAACCGCUAUGCAGGAGACUGGAGCAGCUGUGGGGAAAACUAUUUUUUAAACGCAAAAGAAAAUUUCAAAGGUUUGGAUUACAAUGACGUUCCCUCAGAAGAUGGGGAAAGUAGAGAUCAUCGCAAAACCGAUGGAGCAGAGGUCAUGAUGGAGCAGCAACUCCCCAUGUCUAAAGCCCGCACGUUCCAGACGUACUUGACGAUGGAGACAAUCGAGUCCACCAUGAGUCAGAAGGCCAACCUCAGAGAUCUGCAAGAAAGUAUCGAUGCUUUGAUUGGCAGUCUGGAGCGUGAGCUCAGCAAGAACAAGCUGAAUAUGAGUGUUUGACAUUGUGAUACUGUCAUCAGGCUUCAGGUCAACCCUCACUUUCCUUUCUUACUCCUCGUGGAAUUACUUAAUUCCUAAUAAGUUCAUGUGAUUCAGUUACAAACACUAUUCAUUAAUAUGACCGUUUUAGCUAUGACUGUUUGGGGGGUGUUUUAAUAAACCCCGCUGGUCACAUGGAGGAAACUUGGGGAGUGUGUAGAGUCGGGGACUUUUUACCCCUCAUGACUGCGAUGCAUUGUGAGAACGGCUCUUCUGUAGGGGGGACAGGCGUCCCCUGCAGAGGACACUGCAGCUGGCCAGGCUGACUUGCGGUCAGAGUCCUCGUGCAAUGCCAUCUGGUCACAUUUCAUUUGCAAUACGAAUGCUGCUAUAAGAAAACGUUUUAUAAGUGUAAAAUUAUACAGAUAUUAAUUAAUGUAUUUUAUAUUAACAUUCAGUAAUUAUUUAAGCUUAUAAAAAUUAAAUAUUUUAUCAUUCUGAGAACAUGUAUAUAUUUAUAAGUGCAUUGUGGGUGUCGAUUUUACAUUGAGGGAAGGAGUUGACUGUAGAAUUUUGUGUAUUUUAAAAAGUGUAUGUCAUGAUGCCAAAUCUAUUAGCUUAAAAAUAUGUUCUUCAAGGAAAGACCGUUUUUUACUUAAAAGAUAAGUUACAUAAAAGCCACUUGAAUGGAAACCCCGUAGACGUGUUUGAGAAGAAGUGAUGGUGUUUCCGUUUUUGCUUCUUAGACGCAGCAUGCCCUAAGCUGCGUAAGGGAUCCAGUGACCUGCACUAGUGACCUAAGGAGACUUCACCUGUCCUGUGCAUUUUUGCAUUCUGUGAUGCUGUGUGCAUUUGUAGUGGUACACUUAAGAUGUCGACUUCACAAUUGCCCUUGUUUCUAAAGAAGUCAUCUUGCCAGGAUGCUACAUGUUACGAUUUUUUUAUUAACUUAUUAUUAAGUACAUCUAUGAGGCGGUUGUUACAAAAACCAUACUGGUGUUUGAAAAGAUGUAAAUUUAGAAGGCUUUUAAAAAUUAAAUUGUCAUGUGUUUUAAAAACUUUUAUACUGACAGAUGUGUAAUUUUAAGAGUUUCAUUUAUAUGAAACUUGAGUUACCAGGUUUAAAGUGUGACAGCUAUGUAAAACUGGUUUCUUAAUGUUUUUCUAAGUAUUAGAAUAUUUAAUGUAACAACCACUUCUAUGUAAUACACGUAACAAUCAGGUGCUUAAUUUGAAAGCCAUUAUAUAAAGAAAAAUAACUAUUUUUAUGUGAUGAGACUUUCACUUUUUACAACGUUAUGUGACAAAUGCAGAGACUGUGCACCAGGUGCGUGUCAUGAGUAAACAAGGUAUUGUUAAAUGUUUUGGAGGGAAAGUAUCUGUUUUCUUCCUUCUGUGUCAUGUACCGUAUAUAAGCCAAGUAAGGGCUCCGGAAAUGUAACUUUUAUUAAAAAUAUUAUAACAGUG